AUGUCUUAAUUGACUAAUAAAAGUUAAAUAAUAAAUAGGAACAAAAGUUUUAUUCUUCCUAACUAUCAUUAAUAAAUUGGAUAAUUUAAAUAAAGAAGAAAAAGUUGUCAUUGUUAUUUAUGUGGAGAUUUUAGUUCUCUUCAAUUCAAGUUAAUGAAUUUAUAAUAAAAAAUUUAACAUUUUUCAACAAUUAAAAAAAAGAAAUAUUAGAGUAUUGAAUCAACUUAUAUGGAUUCAUAAGAUGCAAUUAUUGCUAAUAAUUUAUUUAGUAAAAGAAUUUCAUAACCUAUUUAAAUUAAAUAACACAAUUUUAAUAACAAUAAUUUAAGUCUUAUUUAUACAAGUUAAGCUUAUUUUACAAAAAAAUAAAGAUCAAACAGUUGUUACUGUGAUGAAUGUGGAAAUAUUACUAAAUUUUAGUCACAAGCAAAAUCAAUCUCAAUCUAAUAAAUUAUUAAAUCUAGGCAUACUAAUUUUAGAAUAAAAAGAAAUUUAGAUUAAAUGUUUAAAGGAAUUAGUCCUAUUGAAAGAAAAUAAAAAUAAGAAAUUGAAGAUGAUGAAAAUAAUCCAUUAUAUUCUAAUAAAAUAUAAUAAUUUAGAAGAUCUAUUUUAAUAGUAAAUUCACCUAUGAAAUAAACCUAAAAAAUUUAAUUAGGAAGUGGCAGAAAGAUUUUCUUAAGAGAUGCAUGUAAAACAACAUGCUUUACUAAAACUAACUCUAAUUGUAGAGAAUUUAAAAUUAAAUCUGAAAGCAAUAGUCCAAAUAUUACUAAUAAAAAAUUAAAUCUUCCAAUAGUAAAAUCAUCUUAUAGCAAAACAAGAUAAGUUGGAAAUGAAGUUCAACUUAUUAAAUUUACUCCUAAAUUAAAUAGUAUUAAUCUAAUAUCUUGA